CUCUUUGUUCCGCUUUUUUCUCUCUCUCUCUCUCAAUCGUACGCCUACAAACGCACACACUAGUCUAAGCUAAAGUCACCCUCACCCACACUCACUUCCUCCACUAUUCGAAACCGUUUUUUUCCUCUCUCUCUCUCUCUCUCUCACUUAUGCUUCUAUGCAUCUAUGAACUUCUCUCCAUUCCUGUCGCUACCUCUUCCUCUUCUCUAGUUUCUUAGCAGUUACCGCUCUCAGCAUUCACUCGCUCUCACAUUUUCUCUCAUUUUUGUUUUCUGUUCCCCUGAUUCUCCAUUUUCCCCCAAAUGGAAAAGAAACAGGGUUUCUUCUCUGCUCUCAAAGAAGAGGUGGUUCGCGGUCUCUCACCCUCGCGUUCUCGGGUCAACAGCCCCGCCCGAACAGCCUCACCCAUUGCGGGUCUCCUCAGGAGGAAGAAGCACCACGCCAACACCAACGCAGACAUCUCCGUCGCAAGAUCCACGAGUUUGAGGCCGUUAGGGGAGACCCUCACGCCCUUGAUCGAAGGACCCGACCCGGAUGGAGCAGAAAGUGGGGAUCCGAAGAGAAUCGGGUCGGGUAUCGGCCAAUGGAUGAAGGGCCAACUGUCACGUGCUCCUUCCGUUUCGUACAAAAGGUCUGAUCUGAGGCUUCUUCUGGGUGUAAUGGGUGCGCCACUUGCUCCUGUUCAUGUCUGCGCCACCGAUCCCUUGCCUCAUCUCAGCAUCAAGGACACUCCCAUUGAAACUUCAUCUGCCCAGUACAUAUUGCAGCAGUACACAGCAGCGUCUGGAGGGCAAAAAUUGCAGAACUCUAUACGAAAUGCAUAUGCAAUGGGAAAGGUUAGAAUGGUAGCUUCUGAAUUUGAAACUGCAACUAGGGUAGUGAAGAACAGGAAUGUGUCUAGGUGUGCAGAGUCUGGUGGAUUUGUGCUCUGGCAGAUGAAUCCGGACAUGUGGUAUGUAGAGCUUGCAGUUGGGGGAAGCAAGGUUCAUGCUGGCUGCAAUGGCAAACUUGUUUGGAGGCACACACCUUGGCUCGGUGCUCACACAGCAAAGGGUCCUGUGAGGCCUUUGCGCCGUGCACUUCAGGGUCUUGACCCUAGAACCACUGCAAGUAUGUUUGCUGAUGCCAGAUGCAUAGGAGAGAAGAAUAUCAAUGGUGAGGAUUGCUUCAUACUUAAGCUCUGUACGGACCCUGAAACAUUGAAUGCUCGAAGUGAGGGCCCUGCGGAGAUUAUAAGGCAUGUCUUAUUUGGCUACUUUAGCCAGAAGACUGGACUUCUUGUUCACAUUGAGGAUUCUCAUCUGACCCGCAUCCAAUCUAAUGGGGGUGAUGCAGUUUACUGGGAAACCACAAUCAAUUCAUUCCUUGAUGAUUACAGGCCUGUUGAAGGGAUCAUGAUUGCCCACUCCGGCCAUUCUGUGGUAACUCUUUUCAGGUUUGGGGAGAUGGCCAUGAGCCAUACUAAAACAAAAAUGGAAGAAGCCUGGACGAUCGAAGAGGUUGCAUUCAAUGUUCCAGGUCUUUCGGUAGAUUGCUUCAUUCCCCCAGCUGAUUUGAGAACAGGUUCUGUGGGUGAAGCUUGUGAACUUACUCAAGAUGAAAGAGGAAAGAACUCACUAUCAGUACAUCGGGCCAAAGUUGUUGCACUGGAGAAAUCGCAUAAUUGCAGCAUUGAUAACAUGAUCUGGAAGAUGGAACUCUAACGAUGGGGGUAGGAUCAAUUCAAGGCAAUUGUUAAUAGCAGUCAUUAGUUUUUGACUACUAACGUUUAGAUGUUAGAGUAGGUGUUCAGUUGGUUCUUUGUGGAAGUUUGUUUAUGCCUCUAUAUACUCUGUAAAUAGAGCAUAAAAAUUCACGGGUGUUAUGCAGACCCGAGUGAAUAUUUAUACUCGAUGCAGAAUCCAACUAUGGAGUUGGAGCUCGUUUUUCCAUUUCGGAAGAGAGCUAAUGGAGGUUAAAUUUUUAGCUUACCUUCUAUAAAUGAGGGAAGGUGGCUAAGCUUUGGUAUAGUAGGCCCAUUAAACUUUUGUUACUCAGCAACUUAUCUAAGUGUCGGUGGUGGUAAUAUUAAAGAGUCUGCCAUUGACCACAGUCAGUUUGACGCUAACAGCUUCUAUGUGGUGUAGAAGUUCUUUCUGUGUUUGGAAAGGUAACGAGGGUGUUUUUGAUAGCUAAUGGAGUAGGGUUACAGAGACAAUACUCAGUCCUAAUUGAUGUACCCAACAUCUCUAAUAUGCUUCCGGUUGUGUUAUGAUGCUAUUUUGUCAGUGCUCCUGAAAAUGAAACACUCUAUUCAU